AUGGCUAUGUCAAAGGGAUUUAAGGUCUUAGAGAAAUCCGCUCCGCCAAACCCGUACAGUAUAAUCUUACAACAUCGAAAUAAAGACUCAGCGCUUCUCUUCGAGUCUCAAGCUGUGGUCUCGCUGUCAUCUCAAGAAACAGAGACAUUGCGAAAACAGUAUCAUAAAAUUGCAGACGCCUAUGGAGUGCUAGGUGUCCUGCAAUUGAAUUCUGGCGAGAAUUGUUUGCUGUACCUGGUUCUUGUAACGGGAUGUUGCUCAAUCGGUAAGAUUGGAGAUGUUGAGGUAUUUAAAAUUACCCAGACACAAUUUCUGCCACUAUUUUAUCAAACACAAGGAGAGGACAAAGUGUCGGAAGUCAGGAAGUUAGUAAACUCUGGAACUUUUUAUUUUUCCUGGAAUUCAGGUAAAACUCCUAAUCUUUUUGAUCUCACAUUAUGUGCUCAACGCAAAAGUAAGGGAGCCAGUCCAGAUAACAGGUUCUUUUGGAACAGAACUUUGUUUAUACAUUUAAUAAGAUAUGGAAUUGACUGUGAGGAGUGGCUGACUAGAGCUAUGUGUGGUUCAGUAGAAAUCAGAACCAUAUAUGUUGGUCACAGACAAGCAAGAGCAGUGCUGGUCUCCCGUCUCAGUUGUGAGCGUGCUGGAACAAGAUUCAAUGUUAGAGGUUGCAAUGAUGAUGGCAAUGUUGCCAAUUUUGUGGAAACAGAACAAGCUAUUUAUAUUGAUGAUUCAGUAGCUUCUUAUAUUCAGACUAGAGGCUCAGUGCCUCUAUUUUGGGAACAACCUGGUAUCCAAGUAGGAUCUCACAAAGUGAAGAUGUCCAGAGGAUAUGAUGCAUCUACCAGUGCAUGUGAUAGACAUUUCUCUCAAUUGAAGCGUAACUAUGGCUCUUUAAUAGUUGUAAACCUAUUGGGGUCUAGUCUGAUUGGAGGCAGUGAAGGAGAAGCUACACUGAGCAAUGCAUUUCAGAAACAUUUGAAUGACUCUGCUCACAAUGACGUAGUUCAAAUUAUCUUUGACUAUCACCAAGAAGUCAGAGCCUCUUCUAUAGAAACGGCAUUAUCUAAAUUUAGGAAAAUCAUUGAAAAGCAUUAUGAUGACAUAAGUAUUUUUAGUGCUAAAAGUUCGGACAUCUACAAUAUUCAAAAAGGAGUGAUAAGAACCAAUUGCUUAGAUUGCUUGGACAGAACCAAUUCUAUACAAACAUUUGUUGGAUUAGAAAUGUUGGCAAUUCAGUUGAUGCUUCUGCAAUGCAUUGACAAAAAACAAAAUGUCAACAGGUUUGAGGAAGUUUUUAAACAAAUGUGGGUCAAUAAUGGCAAUGAAAUAUCCAAAAUAUAUGCUGGCACUGGUGCCAUUCAAGGAGGCUCUAAACUAAUUGAUGGAGCGAGGUCUGCAGCUCGUACUAUUCAAAAUAAUUUACUAGACAACUCCAAGCAAGAGGCUAUAGACAUUUUACUUUUAGGAUCUACUUUGAACUCUGAACUUGCUGAUCGUUCAAGAAUACUAUUACCAUCAAACUUAUUGCACACAUCAACUCCAGUGCUCAGAGAAAUGUGCCGCAGAGCAAAUGAGUUUACACAGCCAACUCCUAUACGAAUCACAAUUGGUACAUACAAUGUAAAUGGAGGAAAACAUUUCAGAAGUCUGGCAUACAAAGAUGUUUCAUUGGCUGAUUGGUUACUAGAUUGCCCUAAUUCAGCUUUGGUGAACACUGUCAAUUUAAAGGAACAUCCAUCAGAUAUAUUUGCUAUUGGCUUUGAAGAAAUUGUGGACUUGAAUGCUAGCAACAUUAUGGCAGCUAGUUCUGACAAUGCUAGAGCAUGGAGUGAAGAAUUGGAAAAAGUACUUUGCAGGGAUGCUCCAUAUACUUUACUAUCAAGUCAUCAGUUGGUAGGCGUAUGUCUUUUCAUAUUUGUGCGGAAAGAUCUGAUUCCACAUAUCAGGGAUGUUGCCCUUGAUUCAGUAAAAACUGGUCUUGGUGGGACUACUGGAAACAAAGGAUCUGUUGGUAUUCGUAUGGUCCUCUAUGGGACCUCACUAUGUUUUGUUUGUGCUCAUUUCGCCGCUGGCCAGUCUCAGGUAACAGAGCGUAAUGCUGAUUACACUGAGAUAACACGAAAAACUGCCUUCCCAAUGGGUCGAUCACUAUACUCACAUGAUUAUGUGUUCUGGUGUGGUGAUUUUAAUUAUCGAGUUGACCUAGAUAAAGAUGAAAUACGUUUGUUAGUGUCACAAAACAAUUUGCAACGAAUUUUAGAUCACGACCAACUAUUACAACAAAAAGACCAAGGUUUAGUGUUCAAAAAUUGUUUUGAGGGAGAAAUAACUUUCCCACCAACAUAUAAAUAUGACUUAUUUAGCGACGACUACGAUACGAGUGAAAAAUGUAGAGCACCUGCUUGGACCGAUCGAGUAUUGUGGAGAAGCAGGAAAUAUACGAUUGACCCAGAAGGCACCUCGGAGUUAGCUGCUGGAAAAUUGCUUCAUUAUGGCCGCGCAGAACUCAAACAAAGCGAUCAUCGACCAGUCAUCGCAAUUUUAGAAAUUGAAGUUUUGCAGGUUAGUUAUACGAAAUGCAUGGAAGUAUUUUAUGAGGUAGUAAAGGACCUUGGACCUCCGGAUGCUAGCAUAAUCGUGCAGCCAUUUGAAGAAUAUAAUAGUGAGGAGUCCCCUUUGAUGACAACGUCGUGGCAGCUGUUUUGCAGGAAUUGUCUACUAUCGGUGAAGUAA